AUGGUUUGGUGGUGGGACCAGUUAGACUACAAACUGGGUCUAUUAAAGGUAUAUCGUGAAACUAUAUACGUAGCACCAAUUGCAAAAGAUAUGCUACUAGGUUUUGAUUUGUUGCAUAGUAAAGCAGUUCUUGACAUGAGAAGAGGCAUAAUUAACUUUGACGGAGAAGAUUUGAAUCAGAAUGUUGACAAGGCUAGUGGCGAACCGCUCGUAGCGAGGGUCACUUUAUGUAAAAGGAAUGUUGUGCCGCCAAAUUCAGUGAUGCAAGUCAAAUGCCACGUGAAUCGUGCAAUGUCAGUGUUCAUGAUAGAGCCAGAUGAAGUACCGGGCCACCUGGAAGAAGUAUAUGCCAAGUCAACGACACACCUGGAUGAUGAACAGAAAAGCGAGCUUCGUAAGCUAUCGGUUGAUUAUCAAGAUGUUUUUGCAACAAGUGAAUUCGACCUUGGGAACUUCACUGAGAUACAGCACAGCAUAGACACUGGAACUGCCAAACCGAUAAAGCAGCGAAUGCGUCGUACGCCUGCAUGCUUUGUGGCGGAAGAAGAGGCACAUUUGAAGAUGCUUGAGGCUGGGGUGAUUCAGGAAUCAACAUCUGAAUGGGCUUCAGCGCCAGUGUUAAUAAGAAAAAAGGACGGAACUGUUCGCUGGUGA